AUGCUGGCUUCACGAUUCCUACGCUCCGGCUCCAAAUAUGCCCUUCAGAACACUCGGAUGGCUUCGAAGAAAGUGGAAGAAUCCAAGAGUUUUGUCAUGAACUUGUUCAGAGGACGUGCUGUAACUGAGCAUGUCUUUCCAUACCCAUUGAACUUGGAUGAGGACAGAAGGGAGACCUUGAGCAUGAUCAUUGACCCGACGCAAAAGUUCUUGGAAGAAGUUAAUGAUCCUUUCAAGUAAGUAUCUAUAGUUUUUCUCUGUUUUAUAACGGCUUUGAAAUAUGUUUUUAAAACUUUUUAUGAAGGUAUUAUCUAUUAAAUACUAAGUCUUUAAGUUUUCUUAGGCAAAAUAAUAUGCUUUUUUCAAAUUAUCUAUUAUCUAAAAUCACUAAUUUUCUUCCAGAAACGACGAAAAUGCCGAGAUCCCAAUGAAAAAACUGAAGCAAUUUGCUGAACUCGGAGCUUUUGGUGCAGUAGUACCAGAAGAGUACGAAGGAGCAGGUCUUGUGAAUGCUCAGAUGGCCAGACUCGCCGAGAUUGUUGGCUCAAACGAUCUUGGUCUGGGAGUAGUGAUGGGAGCUCACCAGUCGAUUGGCUAUAAAGGAAUCCUUCUUUUCGGUACUCCAGAGCAGAAAAAGAAGUAUCUGCCAGAUGUAGCGACGGCCAGAAAGUUUGCUGCCUUCUGUUUGACCGAACCUUCCUCUGGGUCUGAUGCCAAUGUAAGUUGAUAUUGUUUCUGAUUAGUUUUUGAAGUUUAGUCAAUCAAAACAAAGGCUGUGAAGUCAGAGGAUGGUAAACAUUAUAUUCUGAACGGUGGAAAGAUCUGGAUCAGUAAUGGAGGUUUCGCUGAAGUCUUUACUGUGUUUGCUAAGGUAAGAAGAUCAAGGCGUAUAUUUUUGAUUGAAUUCUUUUUAUUUUGGAAGGUUUUAGAGUAAUGAAUGUAGGUAACACAAUGUUACUAAUUAUAUUAAGUUACUCUUUAUUUUUUACAAUUUUUUAUUUUAGACCCCAGUAAAACAAGCGGAUGGAUCAGUAAAAGAGAAAGUAUCAGCCUUCAUCGUAGAACGAGGCUUUGGAGGAGUCACAAACUCUCCUCCAGAGAAGAAAAUGGGCAUCAAAGGCUCGAACACAGCCGAGGUUCACUUUGAAAACACAAAAAUACCGGUCGAAAACUUGUUGGGCGAAGAAGGCGAAGGCUUUAAAGUAGCCAUGAACAUCUUGAACAAUGGUAGAUUCGGAAUCCCAGCAGCGAUGACUGGUUGUAUGAGAUGGUGCAUUCAGAAGACGGUAGACCACGUCAACUCGAGAGUUCAGUUCGGCAAGAAGAUCAAGGACUUUGGCAAUGUUCAGGAGAAGCUGGCUGACAUGGUACAGCGAGUUUAUGCCACUGAGAGUGUGGUCUACAUGUUGGCGUCGAACAUGGACAGAGGUGUCGCGGACUAUCAGUUGGAGGCUGCUAUUGGCAAAGUCAUGUCAUCUGUAAGUUGCGUAGUAACGAGUUGGAUUAGCUAGUAUACAAUCGUACUUUCUUUUUAUUGUAGUUUGUUAUGUUUUUGGGAUGGUUAACAUUGAGUACUGAGAUUGUUGAAUAAUUUUUUUUGAAGUUUUAAAAUUUCGAUUGUUACAGUAGUUUUUAAAGUAAGUAUUUGCUCGAUAUAAGUAAGAUUAUUGUAGGAAAACGCCUGGCACGUGUGCGACGAAGCGAUUCAGCUGUACGGUGGCAUGGGAUUUAUGAGAGAGACGGGGUUGGAGCGAGUGCUACGUGACAUCAGAAUCUUUAGAAUCUUCGAAGGAGCCAACGAUGUCAUGAGGCUAUUUGUAGCACUAACUGGCAUCCAACAUGCUGGAAAGCAUCUACAACAAACGGCCAAGGAGAUUAAAGGCGGAGGGCUGGGCACUCUCUUUGGAGAAUUGAAGAGAAGAGCUGUUGGGUAAGGAUACCUUCUGGAAUCUUGAUUUUUAACUAUUUUGACGGAUUUAAAGGUUAUUUCGAGUAAUAUAGUUUACUAUAGGAUCAUUGGAAGUUGUAUUCUGAAUUUUAUUUGAUUUUGAUAUUUAGUUAACUAAUGCCUUUGUUUUAGUGGAGACACCGACUUUUCAUCUCAAGUCCAUUCAUCUCUUCAAAGCGAAGCCAAGGCCUUGUCUACUGAUGUCGCAACUUUCGGAAAAACUGUAGAUGCACUUUUACUGAAACACAAGAAGGGCAUCGUUGGUAAGGUAUUUAUGACAUUAGGAUAGCUUGAUUUUGGUUAUAACAAUCGGAAAGUUAAGAAUAAUGUCUAAAAUAAGGUAGAAAGUGAGUUUCAGGUCAAUGUUAAUUGAUUACUGUAUGGAUUUACUUUCUUAAAUUCAGCUGAUUUUGAAUUUUAUAUCUUGCAACAAUUUAAAAAAUAAAAUUUGAAAUUUGGGCUCUAACAUCACUUUUAGAGCGACAAUACGAACUGACCCGUCUGGCCGACGCCGCCAUCGACAUCUACAGCACCAUUGCCGUUCUCUCGCGAGCAUCUUACGUCCUGAACAAGCAUUCGGAUGCCAAAAUCGAUCUCCAAAUCGCCCAAUUGUUCUCCCAAAACGCUUCGAUCAGAAUCCAACGGAACCUGAAGGACGCCGCUGCUGCUAGUUCGAACAAACUCGGAUUAAUAGCUGACAUCUCGAAACAAGUCACCGAGAACGAAGGACUAGUCCACCAACACAUUAUCGACGUUUAG